UACUAUUUUCUAAAUCUUCAAUUCCUUACCCAUCUUUGACAAAAAAAAAAGGGUAAAUACAAUUUAAUAUCCAAACAUUUUAUUUUAAACAAUAUAAUAGCCAAACCUUUUCGAAAACAAUCUAAUAUCCAAAUCGUCAACUUUCUGUCUGUUUGACCAUUAGUUGACACUUCAAAAAAGUUUGAAGUACGACACUUCAUCAAUAUCCAUCGAUAUCUUCUCCGAAAAACACCCAACAUAUCGUAGUUCCAAACCCGAGAAGUCCAUGACUCCACCAUGAUGGUAUAGAAUAUCUAAAUAUUCAGUCAUCUGCAAUGCUAAAACAAGAAACAAAGUUGUAUUGUUACAAUUUCACCUAAACAAAGCUUUUUUGAAGUGUAAACUAACGGUCAAACGAACGUAAAAUUGACUAUUUGGAUAUUAGAUUGUUUUCGAAAAUGUUUGGUUAUUAUAUUGUUUAAAAUAAAAGGUUUGGAUAUUAAAUUGUAUUUACUCAAAAAAAAUCACCAUUACUUAUGCGUUUCUUUCUUCUCUAGUCUGUGAUAGCUGUCUACCUUCCAUUCUAUUCCAAUCGAGUUUUUUUUUUUUUUUUUUACUUUCCCUUCUUCACUUUUCCUUUAUGUUUCACUCUCCUUUGCACUUCGUAUUCCUUCCCCACCAACUAUUCCAGAGCUUUCUUCAAUGGUGGAUUUGCCCAACUCAACAAAAAUCACCCUCUCUUCAUUAAUUAAGCUGAGAAUCCAGCAUCCCUGUUCGCCUCCUCCGCCCUCACGGUUCCAAUUUCAAUUUAUGGCGUCGCUCAACGAUAUGAUUUUGGCGGAGAUGGAAGGGAAUAAUGGCAGGAGGCGGAGAAGGGAUUGCAUUUGAUUUGAGAUGGCAACACAGCCGCCAACGGGGACAAAAUUCAAAGCGUCGAUGAACCACUGGCCGACUUGCUGGUAGCGCCACCGCGGCAGAGGCGGUCUUCCUCGACCAUCGUGUGCACGAGAUCAUCGUCGUUUGUGACGGAGAUUAUGGCGUCGAGAUCUUCUUCAUCUUCUCACCUCCUCUCCUCUGUGAUUUCUCCAUAGGCCUGUCUAUGGGAGCGACCAGCGAGGCUUCAAGAAGAAUCGGCUGACGGUCAACGGUCGGAAAAGACGAAUGACGAACAACAGGGGAGAAGGAAUUGAAGAACCGCCGGCUGAAUCAAAACCGGCCGGUAUUUCGCGAAAGGUCGGUUCAAUGGAAAAUACCGGCCGGCACUCUUAUUUCUCGGAAUAUCAGCUACCGUAUCGGGACUUGCCCGGUUUCCGGUUUUCCCGGUUCUACCGGCCGGUGCGGCACGGUAAAGCAGUCCUUGAUUUAUACACAUAACUCUAACCAUCAAAAUUAUUAUUCGGUCCUUCGAAUUCUGUGUUUUACAACCAGCCCUCCCACUUCUAUGCUUUACAGACAAGUCCUUGGCAGCAUGGGUCAUUUACCCAUUACAAUUUCCAUCCCGGAUAGCGUUUUUCGCCUAAACCAGGAAAUCCUUUCCGGAUAAGCAGAAAACGAUCAGCCAACGCACCACACCACCACAACCAGCUCCCCUCGCCGCCGGUCUCUGGAAAAAACACUUGUUAGUUGCAACAGAUGGAGUCUCUGGGACUUCCUUCUCUCAACCUCCUUCGAGCUUCUCAUUCAACUUCACAUUUAUGGAAGACCCCAAAACUGCUGGCCAGCAAUGUGCAUAUCUCACAGCACUUGGCAUUUGCUCCUCCUUUGAGUCCGACUUCCGCCGCCAACAGAAGCCGCAAUCCUGCCGUUGUAGAUGUACGAGCUGCCAAUGAAGACAUUGAACUGAAGCAGAUGAGAGAUAUGGCAGCUGCUAAGAAGAGAUGGGAUGCAAUGCUUAGGGAAGGAAAAGUGAAGAUUCUUACACCAAGGGAAGCAGGGUAUGCAAUUCAAUUGUCCAACAAAACUCUUCUGGACGUUCGGCCCUCUGUUGAACAUGAAAAGGCAUGGGUUAAAGGCUCGUCGUGGAUUCCCAUCUUUGAAGUUGAUAGUGAGCUUGACAUUGGAGCAGUUUCAAGAAACAUCACAAAUUUUGUCAUGGGAGGUUGGUGGAGUGGUAUGCCUACACUUUCUUACAACAACCAAUUCUUAACUAGGGUUGAGGAGAAAUUCCCAAAGGACACAGACAUCAUUGUUGCAUGCCAGAAAGGGUUGAGAUCUCUUGCUGCUUGUGAACUACUGCUUAAGGCGGGUUAUUCAAACAUUUUUUGGGUUCAAGGGGGCCUGGAGGCUGCAGAAGAAGAGGAUCUUGUACGAGAAGGACCUCAACCUUUCAAGUUCGCAGGAAUAGGAGGCAUUUCUGAAUUCGUUGGGUGGACAGACCAACAAAGAGCUGCUGCUGCCAAAGAAGGCUGGGGAUACCGGUUACUGUUCUCUGCCCGUCUGGUUGGGCUGGUUAUUGCUGCUGAUGCCUUAUUUAUUGGGGUGCAGCAAGUGGGUCAUUAUAUUCAGGAGAUGCAGACGCACUAGAGCAGGGCCUUCGUUGUUGAUUCUUUGGAAGUUUUUGAUGAACGUGUAGUAUAGGAGAGUAUGCAAAGAUUUGGCGGAAUGUGCAAAUGUCUUGUUAAUUUCUGUUUAGUAAAUUUUGUUUUGUGGCACAUUGGGUUUGAUUAGGGUAUCUGGUGUUUUGCUUGAAAUAACAUAUCUGAAUGAUCAUGUUCAUGAGCAAUUAUUCAAUAUUCACCCGUGAAAAUUAUUUAUGACACUCUUGAUUUACAAUUAAUGCGUCAAAAGCUAGCUUUUAAAAUGUAAAAGUUAACUCUUACGUUCUCCAUCUCUCAAAGGUUGUAGUUUUUGUUUCAAAACUAUUUAUACCUAAAGCUCAACAAAAAAACAAAGAUUGU